AUGCCGGUCUGUACGGAUGAAAGUGUGGGCAAGGUGUGCGGAAGCGGGGCGUCCACGCCGCCGUCCCCGACCACCCCUGUCAGCUGCUCGCCUCCGCCUCCGAGGUAUCUCUCCAGGAAGUCGUCUUCUACCUUCACCCUGCUCGAUCGGCGCUACCUCACACCCAGCCCGCCCCCAGAGCCCGACCUCGGCCUUCUGCCUUCCUUCAUCGGAUGGUAUCCCGCCUUCUUUCUCCACUUCAGCAGAAACCUUCUAGCCACCUUCAUCUAUUUGAUGUGGAAUCAGUUUUUCCUGAUGGGACCUGCUCUUUGGGUGUCUCUUUGGCUUUGGGUGUUCUGGAAAUGCGUUUCAUAUCCAUUAUUUUUCGCCAAGUGGUUCAUAACGCUUAUGUUUACACCUGCUACCGAAUUGAUCAGGAAAAAACGGACCGUUAUGAUAAGUGGAGGUAGCUCUAUACAAACCCUUCAUUUAGCGAGGAAUUUCUUCAGUGCUGGUGCUCGUGUUGUCGUCUUCGAAGUCGAAGGUACAUUCGGCCUCGCACGCUUUUCUACGGCAGUCGAUAAGUUUUACACUGUCCCUCCUCCACGCGGUGACAGAGCUGAAGAAUACAUCAAUGCUUUGAAAGAAAUCGCGGCUGACGAAAAGGUUACUUACUAUAUUCCGACAUGUGUUACCACUACAGCAUAUUAUGACGCACUGGCGAAACCUCACUUGGAAUUGAUGGGCGUUUCUGUUUUUUCUCCUGGACUGAAAGAAGUCCUUCAGCUGGAUGAUGUUAUGGAACUCUUAAGACGGUGCCAUAUCGAAGGUAUGUCAACCCCUGAGUACUUUCCAGUCAUGUGCAAGGAAGAAGUACAUAGGUUGUACGAUGAUGGAACCUUACAUGCCGGAAGACAUAUUAUGUUCAGUGCGGGUCCUUUGGGUUGCCGAGACAGAAUGAAAGUGCUCUUACCCAACACUAAAAGAAAUUUCAAAGGGAUUCACUACAUCUCUAUUCAUAGACCAUGGGUGAUAGUGAAGGAUUAUCCUGGAGACCACUUCAUUACUUGUACGACAGUAAAAGAUUCUAAAGUGUUGGCUAACGUUACAUGUAAAGUUGAGGGCUCAGAAGGUAGAAUGGUUCCUGUGGACCACAAAGAAAUAGACUUGUGGCUGAAUCAGCUCUUUUCCAAGAUGAAGUUCCUCCGCCCUGUGUCAGGACACAUGAGCUUCAGGUUCGUGGAGUGUACCAAUUCAGGGAGUGUGGUUCCCCUGGGCUGUAGGGUUGGAGUCUCCAUGCCCUACAUCUGUCAUACGAGCGUCCAUGCCCGGCUGGUGUGGAAACCAUGCAGACACUUUUCACGGCAGGCCUCUGGCCCCCUGGUGGCUCCCCAGGGCAGGUACUGGAUCUCAGAGGCCAUCAUCGGCGCUAUCCGACGGCCCUCCGUCAAGAAGAUGACCGAGCUGGUCCGGACAGUCCUCGACCGGCGGGAGGCUAUCUUCUCCUAUUGGGAUCCGAUACCUUACUGUGCAUAUUACCACGUUCAGUUACCUUUGAACAAAAUUAACAAGUUGGUUCGUAGGAUACCGGAACUAGGUCAUUAG